GAAUGUAACCUUAAUCGACUAUCAAUAGACGUUUGUUUAGUGAUAAAUCAACAACGUGCACAACACAACAACAUUUUCAAUAUGUCUGGCGACGAAAAUAGGCAGGAUGAGGAUUUUGACGACUAUAUAAACCCGGAAGAUGUAAUACAUGUAAUAGAGUUGGAUGACAACGGAGGUAUAUCUCGUCAUGUGGAUAUUGCUGAGGAAGACGAGAUGGAGGAAAUGGAUGAGGAAGAUAUGGAAGCAGUGGGCGGGCGGGCAGAUGUCAAGGACAUGGCGGAGAUUGUGUUCACCAAGCAUACAGAUGCUGUGUUUUGUGUGAGUAUUGAACCAACGGCAUGUCAGCUGGCUGUGACAGGAGGACAGGACGAUAAAGCUUAUGUGUGGAAGAUAGCGUCCGGAGAGAUGCUAUUUGAAUGCACUGGUCACAAGGACUCUGUCACGUGCGCAGGCUUCAGUCAUGACGGGGUGUACGUGGCCACGGCGGAUCUGUCGGGACUCGUGAAGGUGUGGAAGGUGGAGACCCACCAGGAGGUCUUCUCGUUUGAGAGCUCUGAUGCAGAGUGGAUGCGAUGGCACUCAGGGUCACAUGUUCUGUUUCUGGGCACAGUGGAUGGGGACGUGUGGAUGUGGAAGAUACCCAGCGGAGACUGCAAGACCCUGCAGAACCACGGCUGUCCCGCCUCCUGUGGGGGCAUACUGUCAGAUGGCAAGAGAAUGUGCGUUGGCUACGAUGACGGCUCAAUUAAGAUUUGGGAUCUAAAGUCUGCAACUGUACAACACAGCAUCACAGGUAUGAAUGCACACAAGUCCACUGUACUGUGUGUGGAUAGUCACCUGGUCAAUAACGUGAUCAUGACUGGAUCGUCAGACGUCACUUCAAAAAUCAUCAACAGCGCCACUGGCAAGGUGCUCUCUACGUUUGACUGUUCCACCCCAGGGUCAGACGGGGAAGACUCAGUCGAAGCAGUUGCUCUUUGCCCUACACAUAGCUAUGCUGCUACUGGGACUGUGUCGGGUGUUCUGAGCAUAUGGGACACAAACACUCAGAUAUGCAGACAUAGAUGCCUGCAUGAGGCCGGCAUAGUGAGUUUAUUAUGGGACAGGUUGUCUCCCCUGAUCUACACCAGCAGCCUGGAUGGCGUAGUGCGGCUGUGGGACGCAAGGAGCGGGGCUAUGACUGCAAGUUGGACUGGACACACCAACUCUAUACUGGGAUUUGACAUAGCAAGGGACGGGAAUGUAAUGGUGACAGUUUCUGAGGACAAAACAGCCAGGGUUUUCAUGCUCAACACCCCUGAUAGAUGAAAUAUAUGGACAUAUUGUGUGCAGUUUGACUUCAAUUACAAUUAUCACAAAAUACAACAUCUGUUAAGGCGAAGUUAAAUCCUUGUUUGUAUAGGUCGAUGAGCUACCGUGCAUCCCCAACCUCCCAAGUCUGGAGAAUCACACUGUUAUUUAUUUUAUGCUUUCCGGUGGUUUAUAGAGAAAAAUCAGUAAUUUCAAACUGAUAUGUCACUGUUACAAACAGUGAAAAAUAACAGUGAAAAUUAUCGAUUAUUGUCAUUGUUUUACCGUAACUAUUUUUAGAUAUCUUUGGUUUCCCCAUGGUGACCCCCAAGGGUGACUACUAUGCAUUGAAAGUUUAUAAAAAGAUAUGAAUUAGCUUCCUUUGAAAAUACUUGUAGAAACAUUUUGGGGUGCCCAAUUGGGAAUUAUAUUGUCCCAAAUGGCAAAAAUACAAAAAUAAUCAUUUGUAAGCAUAAAAUAAAAAGAACAUUUGUUGAAUUUGGUGGAAUAUCGAUUUUAAUUCACUCAUGAUCAUAGGAAAAAUAUAUUUUCUAUGAUCACUCGUGAAUUAAAAUCAAUAUUCCACCAAAUCCAACAAAUAUCGUCUAUGUACAUAUUGGCAAUUAGGGUCCCUGUUUUAGUCACAGAGUGGGAAUUGUUUGGGUGGCACCUGUUGUCAGUUGUAAUUACUAGGAUCCCUAAACUGCUGUAAUUAAGCUGUUCUGGGAAAAUUGUAAUCUUUCAAUUGAGCCGCGUUCUGUACAGAGUGGGCUUCAUGCAUGUGCAUAAAGUGUCAUCCCUGAUUAGUCUGUGGAGACUGGAAAAACUUAAGUGAGGACACUUGAUGCCCAAUGUGACGACCCUUGAUGCCCAAUGUGACGACACUUGAUGCCCAAUUUUCCCAGAACGCUGCAACUUAAGUGACGACCCUUGAUGCCCUGUGUGACGACCCUUGAUGCCCAAUGUGACGACCCUUGAUGCCCAAUGUGACGACCCUUGAUGCCCAAUGUGACGACCCUUGAUGCCCAAUGUGACGACCCUUGAUGCCCAAUGUGACGACCCUUGAUGCCCAAUGUGACGACCCUUGAUGCCCAAUGUGACGACCCUUGAUGCCCAAUGUGACGACCCUUGAUGCCCAAUGUGACGACACUUGAUGCCCAAUGUGAGGACACUUGAUGCCCAAUGUGAGGACACUUGAUGCCCAAUGUGACGACACUUGAUGCCCAAUGUGACGACCCUUGAUGCCCAAUGUGACGACCCUUGAUGCCCAAUGUGACGACCCUUGAUGCCCAAUUUUCCCAGAAUACUGCAACUUAAGUGACGACCCUUGAUGCCCAAUGUGACGACACUUGAUGCCCAAUGUGAGGACACUUGAUGCCCAAUGUGACGACACUUGAUGCCCAAUGUGACGACACUUGAUGCCCAAUGUGACGACACUUGAUGCCCAAUGUGACGACACUUGAUGCCCAAUGUGACGACACUUGAUGCCCAAUUUUGCCAGAGUGCUGCUCUUUUGAAUGAGUUCAUUCAGCGAUUGCACAGUCAGCUGAGAUAAACAAAGAAGGAGACAUUACGGUUAACAAUUAAAUAGAGUUGAAUACCCUAUGCAGCAUUCAAUCGUUCUUAAACUAGGUCUUUAGCAUGCUGAUCAGUAUUCUAGAAGUCCACUUUGCGGAUUUUCCAUGUACUGUUUAUUGAGAUGUUUUCUGUCCAUGUGAAUACUUGUAGCAGCAGAAAUAUAUAACAUAAUUAAUUGUAUCCUGGAUUGUUUCUUGUUAGUUAAGAGCAUAUGAACCCUUAUAAAUAAUUGACAGAGAAAUAACGAAAGAGUGCUGAUCCUUCCAGACCUCAACAUUAACAUUCAUAGAUUAAUUUUAAAACACAGAUUUUGUUAUCUUAGUUUACUAAAAGUAAUAUGGAAAAAAUACUUUUUCCUUUAUAUUUUUCCUUACCAAAUAUGUAUGCUAAAAAAAAAAGUAAAAAGUAUGUGUGUCAAAAUUAUAAUGAAGUUGCUCAUAAUCAAUAUAUAAAAUAUUUGGAUUCAUGAAAAUUGCAUUAGCACUCAUAUAUUGAAUUAAAUAUACUAUUUAAAUCAUAAUAGACUUUUACACAAAAACAAUACAAUUUUUUAGUGUUAAGUUCCCUUAUUAUUAUAGGAUGUUUAAAUAAACAAAAUAUUCACUUAUGUCAAGGGGUAUACCAGACAGUUGCAACAUCAAUAAUUGGAAUUUUAUUACAGCUUAUAAUUAUUAAUUAUUAUUAUUUUACUUAGUGCAACCAGAUUGAUUGUAAUCAUACCAGUAUAGAAAUAUGUUCAAUGUGUCCUCUUGUAUUAUUCCACAUAAUGUGUUGUUUAUUGUUAUGUGUGAAUUUGUUGUUGUUGUUUUUUCGGAACACUAGCAAUAAUAUAACAUAUGUAUUUCUU